ACACUAUAAACGAUAGCUCUUGGUAGAAAAGAGAGAUUUAAGUAACAUAGAAGAGGAAUGAAAUAAGAAAAGAGAGAAAGAGAGCAAGAAGAAGAGAGAAACGAAGAAAGAAAUAAUAUGAAAGAGAGAGGGAAAUAAUCAGGGAGACUGAGCAACACGGUGAAGGAGAGAGAAAGAGAGGGAGAAAUAGAAGGGAGCAAGAGAGAAGUCUUGUCGGUUUUACCAUUUCAGUUUCACUCAGACCCGGCCUGAAAUCGCGCGUGUCCACGCCGAUACUCGAGCCGUAACUUCGUGCCUGAACUAAAAGCGAUAAUUAUCCACGUUAUCGUGUGAUUAUUAUUAGUAAAUUAUUUAAGAAAAUUGUGAAACUAAUGAUUUUUGCAUUUUACUGUUGUCAAAAUAAUAUUAUUUGAUCGUGCUACGUGAAACGGUGUCACGUUUCAUUGGUGAAAGAAAUUGUUUAUCUUUCGUUUGCUGCAAAUAUCGGUGACAACGAAGGAAAAAGACUAACAUACGGUAAAAUCAAAAUCGAAAAAUAAGGAAAAAUGGGAUACGGCACAGAAAUGGAUGGCUGCGGUCGUUGUAUGAAAUAUUCCUUGUUUUUUAUGAACUUGGUAAUUUUCAUCGGUGGAGUGGCGAUAAUUGGAUUAGCAACGUGGGCUCUGUUGGACAAAGUACCAUGGAUAGGCGAACUAGUAGGAAACGAUUUGUUAACAGGUGCUAUUUACGUUCUAUUGGUCGCUGGGAUCAUCGUUGCUCUAACAUCGUUCUUCGGUUGCUUAGGUGCAUCUCGAGAAGUUAAAUGCAUGCUUCUCACGUACUUUAUCAUCGUGUUCCUUCUGUUCGUAACCAUAUUAAUUGGCGGAGUACUCGCGUACGUGUUCCGUGAAAAACUAAUGAACACGCUUGAGAGGGAAAUGUCGAGUUCGAUGAGACUUUACGAUAGUCGUAAAGCAGUUAGAGAGGCCUGGGACAUGACACAGUCGAAGCUCCAUUGCUGUGGUGUAAAUGGUUGGAGAGAUUGGGGACUCACUAUACCGCAGAGUUGCUGUCGCGAGAUUCAACCUGGACAGCGAUUCAACUGCAACGCUGGACCAGACACAGUGAACCCCUCGAAUGCCUAUCUCGUCGGUUGCAUCAAUGGAACACAGAUUUACUUGCAAAAGCAUGCGACAAUCAUGGGUGGCGCUGGUAUUGCAGUCGCGUGUUUGAUGUUUUUCGGCAUGAUUUUCUCGUGCAUUCUCUUCAAGUUGAUAGAAUGACAAGAGAGUAGUGUGCUUUAAAAGACAACUUCAUUCUUCGUGUCUAAACUAACGAAGAGGAAGAAGUGGAUGUCAGCCGUCCUCGAGCAACUCAUGAAUUCAUAAUCAAUGUCAUCGUCAUUGAGUGCAUCUAAGCUGAAGUAAGCUGAGAAUCAAAAUGCAUCUUCACGCGCAUCUUUCCAAUGUACAGUUCUCAUUUUUUCUUCUUUUCUUCUUUUUUUUCUUCUUUUGUUACAUUUAGUAUUACACUCGAUGUACCUUUAUUUCCAAUUUUGUAAAUUUUUAAGAAUAAUGCGUUGAGUAUUUCGGUAUAUUUAAUACAUAGUGUAUUGUAUGGUAUAUAUAUAUAUAUAAUUUAUAUGGUAAUACACUAUGUACCUUAUACGCGUAAUAAAUAUAAAAUCUAUAUACAAAUCUUCGUAUGAGUUUAUAUUUCGAUUAUUUCAUUGUUACUUUUAAAGGAAAUUGUGAAUUAUUUUGUUGAUUUGUAAAUCGAUCGAUGAUUGUGACACACUGGUACUUUCAUUGGAAUAACAAGAAAUUCGAUGAAUUUCGCGUCGGAUAAUCGCGUGUCUUUCCUGGACGGAUAUUCAAUCGUGUUUUUAAAUUCGAUUAGAGGAACGUGCAUGCGUCAGAAUGUUUCCUCCUUGGAAAUCCUAUUCAAACGUCCCCUUUCGCAUUCCCCAUAUCCUGUCUAUCCAAUAGCACGCACGAAAUGGUUUAUGGGGAUUUGUCACCAACUUCUGGUUGGUCGAACGAAUGUCGAAAGAAAAUAAAUACACUUAAAAGUCAA